AUGGCACCUGCAAGUAUCGAUAUUGUCGUCAUUGGAGGCUCCUUCGCAGGCCUCCAUAUUGCCCACUCAGUACUGCGCGACGUGCCAGAUGCAAAGCCGACUGCCUUCCGCCCCAACGAAUAUCUGCUCCCGAUCAAGGAUGCCUUUGCCAGCUACCGACCCGACGCCUUCGAGUUCAUUCCCGGAAUUGCAACUGCCAUCGAAACCAGCGCCAAGACCGUCAGUGUGAAGCCCAACGAGGGCGAAGCCAAGACCCUGUCAUAUGACUAUCUCGUCAUCGCAUCGGGCAGCACUACAUCUGCCACGAAUGGCUCCCUCACUGGCACCUCGAUUCCAUUCAAGCAGCGGCGCAAGGGCAACAUCGCUGGCGCGAAGGAGAUCGUUAUCGGCGGUGCAGGCCCCAUCGGCGUCGAGUUGGCCGGUGAACUUGCUGAGGCUGUGGAGCAGAGUGGUAACGCUGGAAAGGUGUCUAUCACAAUUGUUUCAGCCACUGAGCGUGUUCUCCCGAUGCUCAAGACUUCUGCUAGCUCGGCGGCGCGCAAGCAACUGGAGCACAAGAAAGUCAAGGUCUUGACCUCGAAGCGAGUCGUCGGUGUGGAGACCCCUGCAGAGGAGGGCUCCAAAUGGGUUGUCAACCUUGAGGGUGGUGAUAAGCUUUCAGCGGAUCUCUAUAUCCCCACCACCGGUGUGACACCCAACAACAGCUUCAUUCCCGCUCAGCUGCUUGACCAGGAUGGUUGGGUGACCGUGGGCAAAGAUAUGCGAGUAAAAUCCGCCGAUGGGUCCAAGCUUCCUAUCUUCGCUGCCGGUGAUAUCACCAACAAUUCAAUGCGUCUCAGCUUCAAGGCCACGGAGCAAGCGCAGGUCGCUGCGGCGAACCUCAAGGCCGACAUCGUGGGCGGCACUGCUUACAAGUCCUACGAGCAGGGUGACAGCAUCAUGAUGGUUGUCCCUGUCGGUGAAGCUGGUGGUACCGGUCAAAUCUUCGGCUUUGUUCCCUUCAGCUUCAUGGUCAAGAUGAUCAAGGGCAAGCACUACUUCAUUGACAAGGCGUCAGGAGCUGUCGCUGGCAAAUGA